AUGAUUCUAGUUUUUAUCCAUCUAAUUCCAUCCAAGCUUACGCAAAAUAGAGCAAAAUAUGGCUUGUCCGCACAUACAUUGCGUCUUCCUGGUUUACGAAUCUACGUUCUGAACAAGGCUUCGCUCAUCAAUACCGCUCAAAAGCAACGCCAUGCACUCAGCUUUGGGCCCAUAAUGAGCGACGCCAUUGGCAGAAUUGCCGGGACCAGCAAAAUCACGAAUGGGGCCAUUUCAAAAGACUUGUUAACAGAUGACGGAUUUCUUCUGGGUUUCAAUAAAGCAGUGUAUCAUACGAUAUCUCCUGGUUCUAGUCUGAAGGCUUUGACUACUCAGGCUGCUAUCACAUUUCUGAAUCGAAUUGAUACAUUGCAACUGGAUAUGGAAGGGAAAUGUCGAGUUUCUCUAUCGGCAUGGAUACGUUCUACUAUUCUCCAAGGAACAACAGAUGCUGUAUAUGGUGCUAGCAAUCCCUUUCGCGACCCUAUUAUUGAAAGAGCAUGGUAUUCAUUUGAACCCGGAGUGACCUCACUUGCUUUGAGGAUCAUUCCGGCCUUUGCGACUAGAAAGACUCGUCAAGCACGGGCUACUCUGGUAGAAUCAUUCACCGAGUACUUCACUAUUAGUUAUCCCAAAGGAGCUUCUGACUUCAUGAAAGCUCGUUACAACCACAUCAUCCGCCAUGGAAUCACGAAUGUUCGCGACAUUGCAAAAUUAGAGGUUGCAGGUGCUUUUAGCAUUAUUACAAACAGUGCUCCCACGGCAUUGUGGCUGUUAUAUCAUAUCUUCUCAAAUCCCAUAGCUCUCAAGGACUGUCGACUCGAACUAGCACCUCUGAUUCACGAGCGCAGUGGUGUUUGCUACUUGGACACUGAGUCAGUCAAGAUUCUUUGCCCAAUUCUACACUCUACACUCCAUGAGGUUCUGCGCUACUACGGAGUAGCCCAAUCAGUCCGGGCAGUUGUUGAGGACCACAAGUUGGAUAAUGUGCAUCUACUGAAGAAAGGUGGAUUAGUUAUGAUGCCGUCUACGGUUCAACACUUCGAUCAGGCAGUAUGGGGAUCUGACGUUGAUUGUUUUGAUCAUCGGCGUUUUUUGCCCAUGUUGAGGAAUAUUCCAACAGCCGAUGCCAAUAUCAGCAUGCGCACUGCCUUUCGCGGAUUUGGUGGCGGUCAACAGAUGUGCCCUGGCCGGCACUUUGCAGUUACUGAAAUUCUGAGCUUGGUUGCCCUAAUGGUCCUCCGAUUAGACAUCAUACCUGUUAAUGAUGGGCAGUGGCCACCGAUGGAUAUCAACUCUGCAAAAGGAUCGGCUGUUAUCAUACCGGAUGAUAAACUUGAUGUUUACUUUGUCUUACGAGACAGGAAAACGUGGGCUCUUCUGUAG